CCCGUGGGGCAGAGGCAGGGCAGCGGGGCAUGGAGCCUGCCCUCUCCGCUGGCCCUGACUCAGGCGCCCGCCGAGCUUCCCCGUCUUCCGGCAGGAGAUGGGGCCACCUAGCCACGUGCUCGCGCGAAAAUGAACCUGAAACUGAAGCCGCUGACAGCCGGGUCAGGAUUCCCCGCUUUGAAGUCAAGAGCGCAGCGGAGCGUCCCGGCCAAGCAUGGCGAGCAGCAUGGAGGCGGUGGCCAUGGACUGCGAGAUGGUGGGGCUGGGGCCCAACAACGAGAGCGGCCUGGCUCGGUGCAGCCUCGUGGACAUCAAGGGCGCCGUGGUCUACGACAAGUUCAUCCGGCCCGAGGGGGAGAUCACCAACUACAGAACCGCGGUCAGCGGGGUCACGGCCCGGCACAUGGAGAAGGCCACGCCCUUCGCCGUGGCCAGGCUGGAGAUCCUGCAGCUCCUGAAAGGCAAGCUGGUGGUGGGUCACGACCUGAAGCACGACUUCAAUGCUCUGAAAGAGGACAUGAGCAAGUACGCCAUCUACGACACGGCCACCGACCGGCGGCUGUGGCGCGAAGCCGACCUGCACCGCUGCAGGCGUGUCUCCCUCCGGGUGCUCAGCGAGCGCCUCCUGGGGAGGAGCAUCCAGGACAGCCUGUUGGGCCACAGCUCGGUGGAAGACGCCAGGGCCACCAUGGAGCUCUAUCAGAUCUCCCGGAGAAUCCGUGCCCGCUGAGGGCCGCCCGCCCGGCGGUGCCCGCUGGACUCGGCCCCGCCGCCAGGGGCCACAGGUCCCUUCAGGACAGCAGCCGCUUUGCUUCUGGAAAACGCAUCCUUCGCAGUAAAAAAAUGCCUCUAU